UUUGGUUUUAAUUACUGGGUCUUAGCAGUGUAGCAAAAAAAUAAAAGAGAGGAAGAGAAAUUCUUUAAACUUAAGCAUUGAACUCUGCUUGUUCCUAGAACAAAUAACAAACAUACUGCAGAAAAGUACUAUGACAGCUUUCCAGGUACUCUCAAUUCCAAGAUGAACUAUAUGGUGUCACAGAUGCUUUUUCAUUAUUUUAAGAUUGAUAAUAAAAGGAUGGAUUAAGAAACCUUUUUGAAGUUUAUAGAACCUUUUAAAUGUGUAGAAAUGUCAAUCAGAAAUCCAAUAACUGGGUUAUUUCUGAAACUUUAAAAAAAAAAUCAUAAAGCAGAGAAAUUUCAGGCUAUGCUUGUGUCACACCCACAUCUUAAUUCGGAAUGGUUGGAAUAAAUCCCGAACCUUGAAUACCUUUUUGACUUUUAAAUCAAAAUCUAUAUAAUGCCCACAACUUUACUGUCUAAUAAUGGCCUGCCAACUUGUAUCUGACCAAUGCCAUCUGUCAAAAGCACAGAAGUCUAACAGAAAAUGUGGGAAUCGUUAUCUUACUCUGAACGAAACGAAGCACAGAAGCAAUAACUAAAAAAAGUUUUCAAAACGAUACCCCUAUUAAUAAAAAUAAUAACAAUAACGUUGCAGCAAACAGCUUACGGCACACUCUGUUUCAUAAACGUGUGCAGUCUCGUACGUAUUUUUCUCUAUGCAGGACCUGGAAGAAAAGGGAGACAAGCGAGGAACACAUGAGAGAAGUUAGUUGUUCGACCUCUGAGGAAAUGGCUUCUGAUCUUCCUCACCACAAUAUAUCCACUACUCUUACGGUUCUAGGAGUGGAGUAACUCAGCUCUAUUUCUCGGGCAAAUGAGAACUGAACGCGACAUCGCACAGACAAUACGGUACGAAGGCAGUCUGAAUGCAAUCAGGUGUCGUCGUCCCCCUCCCCCGCCGCCAUGCGCGGGAACUCGCGUGCUCGCCGCUUUUCGCUUCGCAAGAUCAGCCACGGGAGCCGCGCGCGCCGCGAACUUUAGUAUGACGCUUUUGCAAGAAUCCCACCCGCCAAAUCUACCCUUGUGCGGGAGUCUCUUUUUUAAAACAAAACAAAACAAAACUCCCCUCUUUCACCGGGACACUUUCUCGGGAGAAAUCCAAUCUCGUGGGUGAAAUAGAAAUUAACACUUUCUUCCACCCGGGAAAUGGCAGACUUUUUAUUGCUAUCUUACUCACAGCAUGCCAAUGGUUUCUAUGGCAACCACAGAAGCAGAUGCAGGAGUGACUUCAACCAGGAGUAUCGUAAAGCAGCCCGUCCACAACCUCCUGAUAUCUUUCUGAAGAGGAUGAAGGAAAACCCUUCAAAGCACAUAUUCUCCAAGCAUGAUAACCGACAAGCCUUCCCAGGAUCAGCUACCUAUUUUGAGCAUGGUUUAGGGAGAAGGAGAAUAGAAGGGAGCCUUCCCAAUACCCGGAACCUGAUCGACUGGAUCCCCUUGAAGGAGGAAUUAGAACGCGAUAGGCCCCUUUUCACAAGUUAUCAGUGUGAUUUCCACUCCAAAGGGAAGCUUCCCCAGCUCUUAAUCCAGCACCAGUUGCAAGGGCAACUCCUCCAACGCAUACCCAGCACCACCUACCAACAUACCUACCACAGCUACUGUUUGUCUCAGCCCAACCCAAGCCUACUCCAGGAGCAGCAGUUGGCCCAGGAUCCCAAAUCUACUGUUCCUGCCUCCUGCGAGCCUAGCACUCUUGCCGCCAAUGAUCUUCCAGCUCCUGCCUCCAGCGAGGCCACGGCAGCAGACCACACGACAGCUGCAGAAGCUGUUGUUCCAGCACCUGCUUCUAAGCGCUCUGAGUUUCUUCUUCCACCCCGACUGACAGUUUACGACUGUUUGCACUGGCAUAAUUGUUGAUCAAACAUGGGAUAGUUCCAUAUUCAUUUGACUUGAGGAAAACGAGAUGCUCUUUUGUAAAUGCUAAAAGUGAGAGAAAAAA